AUGAAAAGUAACUAAGAAUUCGAAUAAGAGAUUGAGAAUUUAAUUAAAGAAUCAGUUUCCAAGAAUAAUUCUCCAAUGAGAGAUGAAGGAGAAACAAAAGGAAAGAAAUAAAAAAAGCAGUUCUUUUAUAAUAGAAAUAAGAUCGAUAUAAAUGAAGCAUGGAAAGAGAUUGAAAAAUUAUUCGAAAGUUUCUCUAUCCAGGGAAAGAAUUCUGUAGAAAAACCAAAUUUAGGAGAAGAAUCAAAAAUAAUAGAGUAAAAAGAGUUUUUGUAGACACCAUAACCAAAGGUUCAUUCUCCUUCAAUUUAAACUACAAAAAUUAAAGAAUCUAAAGAUGAUAAAGAGAAGGAUAGAAUUAAUUGUAGUGCUACAAGAAGAUUAACAUUUAACUUGGACUGA